CCGGUAUACCCACUUCCCUCUCACUUCCAUCUUCCAAUGCCCAGCUGCUGCUUAUCGUCCUAGUCACUUCUCCACGUCGUUCAUUUCCAACCUCAAUCUUACUUGUGCACACGACCUUCCCCUCGGAAAUUUCAGCUAUAACUAGCCCUCCUCUUGCCCCGCCCCCUCCCCCCAAUCGGCCCUUGCUUGCUCCGUACAACCUUGAGAGCUGUGUUCUUGGACUCUUUGGAUCCAAGGCCACCUUCUGCUCGGACACCUGCAGCUUCUCUUUCCAAUCUCCGCCUGUCGAUGCUCUUUUCCCGCCCUCCAAUUCGCCUUGUCUGGACUUCAGCUUUUCGAUCGGCUCGCAAGUCACCCCUCCCGCAUUCCAGGCUCUUUUCCAGCUCCGCCCCGCGCUUCAUCACCGACAUGGAGACCGUGGACACCUCUGAGCGCCUGACCAGGUUAAGGCAGUUGAUGCAGGAGCACAGGGUCGAUGUAUACAUCGUCCCUUCGGAAGAUAGCCACCAAUCCGAAUACAUUGCUCCAUGUGAUGGCCGUCGAGAAUUCAUCUCGGGUUUCUCCGGAUCGGCAGGAACAGCAAUCGUGUCCAUGUCAAAGGCAGCACUGUCUACAGAUGGCCGAUAUUUCAACCAGGCUUCUAAGCAACUUGACAGCAACUGGGCGCUCUUGAAGCGAGGUGUUGAGGGUGUUCCAACCUGGCAGGAAUGGACUACCGAACAAGCCGAGGGAGGAAAGGUCGUCGGAGUCGAUCCGGCUUUGAUCACACCCGCGGGUGCGCGUAGUCUUUCAGAGACUCUCAAGAAGAAUGGAUCAUCACUCGUGGGCGUCGAGCAAAACCUUGUUGAUCUGGUUUGGGGGAAAGAUAGACCGUCUCCUCCAAGGGAAGCGGUGAGAGUUCACCCGGCGAAGUAUGCGGGCAGGAGCUUCCAGGACAAAAUCAGCGACUUGCGCAAGGAGCUGGAAAACAAGAAGGCAGCUGGCUUCGUUAUCUCAAUGCUCGACGAGAUUGCGUGGCUGUUCAACUUGAGAGGUUCUGACAUUCCAUACAACCCCGUGUUCUUCUCCUAUGCCCUCAUCACGCCUACUACCGUCGACCUUUAUGUCGAUGAUGAUAAGCUGACGCCGGAGGUGAAAGCUCAUCUUGGCCAGGAUGUCGUCGUCAAGCCAUAUGGAUCUAUCUUCGCAGAUGUCAAAGCUCUCAGCGAAGCGCGUAAGCAGGACGCAACAGGAGCAGCCCCCAAGUUCCUCCUGUCAAACAAAGCCUCAUGGGCUCUCAGCCUUAGUCUGGGAGGCGAGGAGCAGGUCGAGGAGGUUCGCAGUCCUAUUGGUGAUGCUAAAGCGAUUAAGAAUGAUGUGGAGCUUGCGGGGAUGCGCGCAUGCCAUAUUCGCGAUGGGGCAGCCUUGAUCGAGUACUUUGCCUGGCUCGAAAAUGAGUUGAUCAACAAGAAAACAACUUUGGAUGAAGUGGAUGCGGCCGAUAAGCUGGAACAGAUCAGAUCCAAGCACGAUUUAUAUGCCGGCCUGUCCUUCGAUACUAUUUCCUCCACAGGCCCUAACGGGGCCGUCAUUCAUUACAAACCCGAGAAAGGCAGCUGCUCUAUCAUUGACCCUACUGCCAUCUACCUCUGCGAUUCCGGCGCCCAGUAUCUGGAUGGCACCACUGACGUGACUAGAACGUUCCAUUUUGGACAGCCUACAGAGUUGGAAAAGAAAGCCUUCACCCUGGUUCUCAAAGGUCUUAUUGCUAUUGACACUGCAGUGUUCCCUAAGGGUACCAGUGGAUUUGCUCUUGAUGCUCUUGCUAGACAGUUUUUGUGGAAGGAGGGCCUCGACUAUCUCCACGGAACGGGCCACGGUAUUGGCUCUUAUCUGAACGUCCACGAGGGCCCCAUCGGUAUCGGCACCCGUGUCCAGUACACAGAAGUUCCGAUCGCUUCGGGCAACGUUAUCUCUGACGAGCCUGGGUUCUACGAGGACGGAAAGUUCGGCAUUCGCAUUGAAAAUGUUAUCAUGGCGCGUGAGGUACAGACCACUCACAAAUUCGGCGAGAAGCCAUGGUUGGGCUUCGAGCACGUCACAAUGGCUCCUCUGGGCCGAAAUCUGAUUGACGCAUCCCUCCUUGUCGACCAUGAAAUCAAGUGGGUGAAUGACUACCACACGGAGGUGUGGGAUAAGACUCAUCACUUCUUCGAGAACGACGAUCACACACGCAAUUCUGGUAUGAGUGGCAGAAACCCCUACGCAACCGGAUACGGAUACUCCGACACCAACCGCUAUGACCGCAGUGAUGGCGGAUACGGCAGCAGCAAUAACCUGGGGAUGAACGGUUACGGAGGAGCGGGCGGGGGAGGGAGUGGGGGAGGGAGUGGGGAAAGAGAGCGUCGCCCAGGUGGAUAUGGAGGCUUCUAUCCAGAGACGUCACAACCAUCCUUGUCCCCAGGCCAGUCGCCGGAAGGGCGACGUGAAAGGUGGGACAGGGAAGGCGAACACUCAUCGUCGCGAUCCCGCACAAGGGAUGGAGAGGCAGAUAGGAGAGCGCUCGGCUCAAGGGAGGGUCGCGCUCGAGGAGAUAGUAGCUGGCUAGGGAGUAAUAGCAGCGGCGAGAAUGUCACCGGUCAUGCGGCAGGUCCUCAGGCCAUUGAAGACGUACUGCAAAUGGUGCAGCGGGAGUGGGACUUCGUGGCCUCCGAUAAUUGCAUUCCGGUAGAAGUAGCUUUACAACUAAUGGAUACCAGCACCCUAGGAAAAGCAGAUCGCGAGCCAGACUUCAUCAGCAUAAAUGAUAAGAUCCAGAAAACGUUGAAGUCGGUUGUCAAUGAGCAUCACCAGGGCUUUAACAGUUCCAUUGGUACCUACCAUAAGAUUCAGUCGAGUAUACAGAGCUCACAGAGUCGGGUUCGCAAUCUAAAGAUCUCACUAGAAGAGGCGAAAUCGGGGCUACUAUCAACUAAACCCGAGCUCAAUGGACUAGCCACGUCGUCUCAGAAGUACGACGAUAUAAUCCAGUUGUUCAGCCAAAUACAAGAGAUUCAAUCUCUUCCUGAAAGGCUAGAAUCUCGGAUAUCGGACAAGAGAUUCCUUGCGGCUGUUGAGGAACUGCAUAAUGCCCUGCGACUUCUGCGACGCUCCGAAUUAGAGAACAUCGGAGCCCUCGCAGACAUUCGGGCUUACUUCGGGAAUCAGGAAGCUUCCCUUACAGACAUCCUCAUUGAAGAGCUGCACGAUCACCUCUAUCUUAAGUCCCCCUACUGCUCGAGCCGGUGGAAGCCACCGACGGCUGACGGGGACGGGAAUGGAGCCAGCCCGUCAAGUUGGGCUGGGACGAGUUCAUGGGAGAGGCCUGUGUACGCAUUCCUUGGAAAAUUGGACGCAUCCACGCCCAUGGUCGAAGACGCUUCGCGGAAUCCAGAGGCCGACACAUUCUACUACAUACAAUUGCUGAUAGAAGCUCUGAACAAAAUGGGACAUCUGGACAUCGCAGUUGAUCGGAUAGAGCAACGCCUUCCUGUUGAGCUGUUCGCGGUCGUUGACAAAACGAACGCCGAGGUUGAUGCAAGACAUCCAAACUUGACCCGUGGGUUUGUUUCGCAAGACAGCAAGACAAAUCUCCCAACAGAAAUAAUCGAAAAACGUGGUCAUGUGCUAUCCGAGUUCUUGUGGACUUUGUAUGCCAAGUUUGAGGCUAUUGCUGAAGGUCAUCGUGUCUUGCAUGAUGUUAUUGCCGCCAUCGUGGAACGCGAAGGGAUACCAAAGGGCAAUGCGCUCGCGGGUGGCUUCAAAGAGCUCUGGAAGCUUUACCAAAGCGAGAUCCGGUCCCUCAUGCAUGACUACCUGGCCACUGAUGGAGAGUCAUCGUUCAGGCCUAGAAUUGAAGAAGCCGAGGCGAAACGUCAACUUUAUACAGGCCAGAGAGACAAGAACAAGAAAAUGUUUAAACUAUCCGACACGGAUCACACCUCCGAAAUACAGGCGGAACAAAACGAAUUGGACGAGAUUCUAAGGUCUUCUGUUCCUGGAUUGGUUACCAAAUCAAGUCAGAAAACCGCUGCCAUUGAUACAUCCGAGCCCAGACAAGGGAAUUCGGGAACUGGCCAUAAGAUCCUUAUUGAACCGAGCGUAUUCAACAUGAGCCUUCUUCUUCCCCCUUCGCUCUCCUUCAUUCAACGACUUAAAGAAAUCGUCCCCGUGGACUCUGAUAUUGCCAUGAGUACAUUGACAUCUUUUCUGGAUGACUUCUUGGUUAAUGUUUUCCUUCCACAACUUGACGAGACCGUAACAGACCUCUGUACUCUUAGCUUUAUCUCGCCAGAUGCUUUCACAGAGGACCCUCAAUGGUCUGCAGUAUCACCUCGGCCGGUAUUUAGGGGUACGGUCAAGUUUAUGUCUAUCAUAAGGGAGUUCAGCAAAAUGCUGUCCAGCAUUCCCCAUGACCAAGCCUUCACACAGCUUCUCCUUUCGCAGAUUGUAACAUACUAUGACAAGUGUUGCGGAUGGUACAAAGCCAUUGUGACCAAAAUAUCUCCUCGGGACAACGGGGAGGUCCGGCUUAAGGCCGCGGCGCGUUUUGCGGAAUCGGGCGACAUCCAUGACACGAUUACUGAACUAUGGAAGGGGGUGGCUGGGAGUAAGUGGGAGCUGGUAGACAAGGAAACCGACUUUCUUCUCAAAUCAACGGAUGAAGUACCGCUGGAGCCAUACGACAUCAUAUCUGAUCCCAAGACAGUCGUGUCCUUGUCCCUCCUUUUCAACAGCAUGCAAUGGUUCGCAAGCCAUCUUGCGCAGCUGCGUCAGAUCACGCAGCCAGCCUCCGACUCGCGGCAGGCUGAAAAUCGGCCAGCUAACCGCCGCUGGACUCUGAUCGGUGCUAUGAAACCCAAGUGUGAGGGCGUCAACCAACCGGUAUAUCUUCCUUUGAACCAGGAAACAGCCACCGUUUUCGACACCACUCUUCAGUCACUGCGUAAUCUCGCAUGCACUGCUCUCUUCGCCUUGCACGUCGACAUCCGCUGCGGCAUCAUCCACAUGCUGAAGCGGACAAUGACCGGCCCGAAAGCCCGUAAUGCGCGGGCUUCUGAACCCACUACACCAUCUCCAAGCUCUGUCGCCAAUUGGUGGCACAUCCUUUCAAGCCAGCCGACUGCUGCGUCCCCUACGGUACUUGAGCUGAACAAUGAUCUGAUCGCAUUCGACACCAAUCUUUCGUCUUACCUCGGGGAGGCUGAGCGAUGGUUUAUUACGUCUGGGCUUGCUAGAUUCAUUGACCGAACAUUCGUCGCGAACACCUGUCAUAUAGGGGCCAUGAAUGAAAACGGCGCGCUCCGGCUCCAGUUGGACGUCUUGGUGCUGCAACAGAACCUGAAGAACAUCAUCCUAGACCCAACGGAGAAUGCAAGCAAAGAGGACAGUUCUAACUCGCAGGAAAACGGCGAGCAGCCCGAGGUUGUUGCUCUUCCUCGUAGUGCCAAGUUUUUGGAUUGGUUCCUAGAAGGUGCGGAGAAAGCCUUGGACUAUGCAAAAGACGAGAAGGAAUCGUUUGCCGCCCAUGGGGACCAAGCGCUGGCCGCUGGCAACGGCGAGCCCUUCACGUACGAUGAGCUCAAGGUCCUCAUUGACCUUUGCUUCUCGGAUGCCCUGUUAGGCCCUCGCGGUGUGGAGAACCGGGAAGAGUACAUGGCCGCAAAGAAAGCCAGCGCCGACGCGCUAUUGAGAUUGAAUGAGGUGAUGUGGGAUUCCAAGUGACGGAUCAGUGUUUUCUGACUUGUCGUCGUCCGCCCCAAGGAUCUCCGGGGUUGUGCUGGAGACAGCCUUGCCUGGACGCUGAGGGUCUCCCAUUCGUCCACUUUACCUGAUUAUAGAAAGACUCGGAACUAGACAGCAUUGCAACAAUAAUCCCAGCGGACAUUAUUCAUUGUUAUUAUGAUCAUAUUAUUAUUACUACUGAAAUGUCCUGGAC